CAGAGGAAACACCACUGAACAAAAUGCUUUUCCUCCCAGCUGCUGCUCUGUGCUGUCUGUGUUCAGCGCUGGCUGCCAUGGCAGCACAGCUGAUUCAGGAGGAUUUAACAUUGACCAGGAGAGUUGGUGGAGACGUCUCCUUCAGAUGUCAAGGCACUGAGCAGUGUGACAGUUACUAUGUAUACUGGUACCAGAAGAGAGACACAGAAACAUUCACAAGGAUUCUUGCUAUUGGCAAGAAUAAUGGUGACAUAGAGAAGAGAUACAAUAAUCCUCAGAAAGAUUAUUUCUCAGCUGUGAAUAAACAGAAUGGCUGGGAGUUGCAGAUCCAGAAGGUUAAACUCGAUCAUUCAGCCACCUACUACUGCUCCUGUUAUAAAUCUGGAUGGUGGUACUUGAUCUUUGGCUCUGGAACUAAACUGAUUGUAACAGAUGAGCCGGUAGUGAAGCCCGUGGUGAGCGUGUACCCAGCAGCAUCCAGAGCCCACCUGGAGGGGGAGAGCGCCCUGGUGUGUCGUGCCUCAGCCAUGUUUCCUCCUCUGGUCAAGUUUUCCUGGAAAAGACGAAAGGAGAAUGGUCCUCUGGAGGAGCUGCCCCCUGCUGAGAGAGAGCAGGUGGAGAUCAGAGAGUCGGGAUGCAGCGCCUCCAUCUUGCUAAUCCAUCAGCAAGAGAACAGCAAAUAUAAAUACUGCUGCUACGUCCAGCACGAGGGGUUUAAAAUAAAACAAGAGGUUCCAGCUUCAGUCCUCUCUCAGUACCAAGUGAAGCUGUUCUGUCUGCUGUACACACAGCUGAUAGUGAAGAGUCUGGUGUACUGCUGUGGACUCUCGCUGCUGAUGAUCCUCAGAAACAAGGGACAGUCCACCAACUGCACACAUGCUGACUGACUGUUUUCUGCUCGCCUUUUCUAUCCAUAAAAUCUCAUAAAUUCAUCUAAUUUAUCACUUUGAUCAGUAUUGACAAAUAUCAAUUAUGUCGUGCUGUAGUUGUCAUCCUAAACAUACUUAUACAUAAAUUCUGAAGUUACUAAGAGUGAAUUCUGUGUAGUCUUGAUACUGAUUAUUUUUUCUACUUUAAAUUGUGACUUGUAUAUUGAUAGAAAAUUAAUGUGAAUCAUCAGCUGUCUGGUAGAUAUUUGAUAGUGUAAAAUAUUUUGGUUAGUUCUUGUUUCUUUUUAUUACA